AUGGUGGCACCAGGUAAUGUGAACCCAACAAAGAUACAAGCCCCACCGCUGCCAGGACAAGGCCGCCAACCGGUGAGGGCGGCAGGCGUGGGCAUGGCUGCAUCAUCUGCCUCGACUGAGGGCAGCGGAUACCAGGGGAACCCACGUGUGAGCUCGGCCACCCAGCAUGGACCAGAGGUACUCCACCAGCGGAGCAGGUUGCCCAUGUGCCCUGCCAGGAUGGCACUCGCGGGAUUUGCGGCCGCUGCAGUGAUCGGCUACUUUACUCUUUAUAGCAACAAGAAGACCGAAGCCACCGCCCUCGAUGUUGCUCGGGUCUCCAUGUCGAGGUUCCAUCAGACUAUCCAAGAGCCUUACCUCAAUUUGUCUUCGUGUUGCUUUAUCUGUGGGGUCAACAUCGACCAGGUUUUUUCACGACCUCUAACAUCUUUGCUAUUGAUCAGCCUACCGGUUCAGUAA